CUGUACCGCCUGCGAGCCACCGGGAGACGGCAGCUCUCUACCUGCUGGUUAGCGCACACACACCCCACAUCCCAGCAACCCACCUACGGGGGGACAGGGCGGGCCAGUCUUAAAGCGAAGGGAGAGGAGGAGGCAAACUAUGAUCCGAGGAUGAUUUCCGCCAAGAAAACUCCGGAGAAGAGUCGUUAUCCUAUCCACUAUCUUGUGUGGCACAACAAGCACCGUCAGCUGGAGAAGGAGCUGGCAACGAACGAGCAGACGGAUUUAGAGUCUCUGGACCCCCGUGGGCGGACUCCUCUCCACCUGGCUGUCACUUUGGGUCACCUGGAAUGUGCCAGGGUCCUGCUGCAUCACGGGGCAGACGUCAGCAAGGAAAACCGCAACGGAUGGACUGUCCUUCAGGAAGCGGUGAGUACCAGAGACCCCGAGCUGGUGCGUCUCGUGCUCCGUUACCGUGACAACCAGAGGACUGCCAAGAGGCUGGCGGGCAUCCCUGUCCUGCUGGAGCGACUGCGCCAAGCCCAAGACUUUUACGUGGAGAUGAAAUGGGAGUUCACGAGCUGGGUUCCCCUGGUGUCUCGCAUCUGCCCCAGUGACACCUACCGAGUCUGGAAGAGCGGUCAGUGUUUGCGUGUGGACACCACCCUGAUGGGGUUUGAGCAGAUGACCUGGCAGAGAGGCAACAGGAGCUUCAUAUUUAGAGGGCAAGACUCCAGCGCAGAGGUGAUGGAGGUUGACCACGACCGGCAGCUGGUGUUCUGCGAGACCCUGUGCGUCUCGGCGCUCACGGCGCUCUCGCCCGGCAGGGUUAAAGGCGGCGCCUGCAGCAGCUCGGCGGCGGGGCUGGGCCUCCUCGGGGCCAUGCAGCCCAGCGAUGAGCAGGUAGCGGCCAGGCUGUCCGCUCCGGUGGUCACCACUCAGCUGGACACCCGCAACAUCGCCUUCGAGAGGAAUAAGACGGGCAUCCUGGGCUGGAGGAGCGAGAAGACGGAGGCGGUGAACGGAUAUGAGGCCAAGGUGUACGCAGCCUCCAACGUGGAGCUGAUCACCAGAACCAGGACCGACCACCUGACGGACCAGAACAAGAACAAGACAAAAGGUGGGAAAACUCCACUGCAGAACUUCCUUGGAAUUGCUGAGCAACACAUGGGGCCCAACAAUGGAGCUCUGGUGACCCAGAUGUUGUCCCCCCCGGCGACAAACCCCGCGGCGCUGACGGCCGAGGAGUACUUCAACCCAGGCUCGUCGCUGACUGCCAGGGACAUCGGCCACCCGUGCCAGCUCACCACCAAGACCCAGAGGUUCAAAGCCAAGCUGUGGCUGUGUGAGUCCCAUCCCCUGUCCCUGGCCGAGCAGGUGGUGCCCAUCAUCGACCUCAUGGCCAUCUCCAACGCUCUGUUCGCCAAGCUGCGCGACUUCAUCACUCUGCGGCUGCCGCCCGGUUUCCCCAUCAAAAUCGAAAUCCCGCUGUACCACAUCCUCAACGCCAGGAUCACUUUCAGCAACCUGAACGGCUGUGAGGAGGGAGCCGGCCCCCGGCCCGACAACGAGCAGGGGGUGGACGGGGAUGGACAGAGGGACACGCCGGUCGCAGACACCCCGUCUCCGGGCAGUGACUCGUCCAGUGUGUCCAGCUCCAGCUCCACCAUGUCGUGCCGAGCCGGAGAGAUCCCCCCGUGCGUGUUCGAGCCCCCGCCCGGAUACACCAUGCUAGGAGGCAAACAGAGAGACAGCAUGAGGGAGGAGGAGGAAGAUCUGCUGCAGUUCGCUAUACAACAGAGUCUCCUGGAGGCUGGAUCCGAAUACGACCAGGUGACCAUUUGGGAGGCACUGACCAACAGCAAGCCCGGAACGCACCCCCUUUCCUGCGACCCCAGCCGUCUCGACAGGACCCCCCAGCACAAGCCCCGCCCUCCAUCCAGCCUGUCUUCCACCCCGUCCAAGAAGCAGCCGCCGGCCUGCAGCUACGACCAGCAGCUGCGCAUCGCCAUGGAGAUCUCGGCCCGGGAGCAGGAGGAGGCGGAGCGCCGGCGGCGGCGGGAGGAGGAGGAGCUGCAGCACAUCAUCCAGCUGUCGCUCAUGGAGAAAUGA